ACCCCACUCCAUCCCUCCCAACGCCACAAAGCAACUACAGGAACUACAACUCAAAUGUCUACUCUUCUCGCCACGGCCUUCCUCUUUCUAAUACUCUCGUCUCCUCCAGGGCUCGGAGUUGACGGAAAUUUCUCGGCAUGUGUUGCAGCUACUAUGAGACCGGUGAAUUCAAAGCAGCGGGAGCAUGUAAAGUUGCGAUCUUACCCGCGUCCCAAGCAUCGAUUCGUCAGUAGUAGGGAUAUUAGUGGGUGCAAGCCCAGGGUUUUCAGGCCACCACCAUCUGCCCCAAGUCGAAGGAGGAGGUGGUCUGUCUUUCUUUGGCAAAAUUGGAAGGAUUCCGGAACUUUGCUGGCUUGGUCGUGGUGGGUUCGGGUUGUAUCUUUCAAGGGAAAGAUUGAUCCAUCAUCAUUCAGGACAUUGUCCGUUCGAUCUGCCUCACACAGAUCUGAAAGCACACCAAAAUUACAGAUUCAUCAGGCUGCACGGCUCUUGAAGCGAAGAUUGCGCGAUCCAUCGGUGGAUUCGCGCGAAGGAAAGUGAAUCC